CUAUUUGUCACUGUCAAUGUCAAGACAGUCACAAAUUAAGUUGUCAAAAUGUGAGAGUAAAAAUGUAAAUAAUACACAUGAUUUCAGCAAUUUAAGUGCGUAAAACUAUUAGGUUUCUCUCAACCAAAUAUCGACAAAAUGUACUCUAGAACUGUUCUGAAGAAUUGCAGAUGUACUGGAGUCUUUUGUAGAUAUUUGAGUUCAGCUGAAAUCUCUACUGCACUCAGACCAUUUUAUUUCAGUGUCCAUCCAGAUCUUUUUGGAAAAUUUCCAGAACAAAGAAAAAUUAAUGAAAAUUCUCUACAGCAAUUGAGUGCACUAUUAGAAGCACAACAGUCAAGUCGAUGUUUAUCUGUACCUCCACUACCAUUUUAUUUGAGACAGAAAAAUAUGCCAGAAGGUGAAUUCAAGUUAGUUAAAAUUCAAUUAAAUGGUAGUAAUGUUCGGGAAACGGUUGUAAAAGUAUUAAAUGCAUGCGAUAUGCCGACAAACUAUGUGGAUAAAAUACCUCGCAGUAAACCUCAAAAGGAAUACAUAAAACCAGAUUUUGCUAAAGCAUAUCAAGAUUUUAAAUACGAAUUUGAAAAAGCAACUGAUAUGAAAAGAAAAGUUGAAGAGAGAAAAGCUAUUAAUAAUGUUAUUGAAUGGAUCUAUGACAAUAGUUACAUUGCCAAAGAAAAAUAUGACUCCACUAUAGCCACACGAGGACAAGUGAAAAAUCUCAUUGACAACCUCUGUUCGAUACAUGGUAUUAAAGAAAUAAAGUAUGAUAGCGGUUGGAAUAUAAGCCACAUUAGAGGUGCACUUCAAAGCUUAGUUUCGUUAGCCUCUCAACAUUCGAAGGUUAUGGCAAAUUUAGAAGGUAGAACAAUAGCAUUAGGGCAAUUUACAGGUGUAAGUUUAGAUGGCGACGUUUACCUUAAUAUCAUCGACGUUAGAAACGAAUGGCUCUCGUUAAUAAAAAAAGUGAGUCAAGAAGACAGUGCCUUAACUAUAAUACCAAACUAUGAAAAAGCUCUAUCAAGUAUUUUGAGAGAAAUACACAUUCGCAGAAGAAAGUAUAUGCCCAAAGUUUCAGCGCAUCAAUACUGCAGCCAUCUCAGACAGCUGAUUACUUCAAUUGGUGACUUCUAUGGGCGCGGCAACACGUUCCCGUCCGCCGUUCCGAAUUCACUGAGUAAAUACGAGAUCGUCGUUGAACCAGAAGCAGGUCCGCUGAUGGUAUCGCCAACUGGUCAAUUUAUAACACCCUCAUCAUGUCCCGCUGAUGAAUUAAUCGCAUUUAUAGCAAAUAACCUUGACGAAGCCACAACUUUGAUGACGGAAUACAGCAUAAAUAAACACGUCGAAAGAGCGCUUUACAAGGAAGUAAAAGAGAGAUUUGGCCUUUUAGAGCUCAAUAAAGACGAUAGCAUAACUCCAGCUUUAAUGAUUUCGUGCUGUCAAAGAUUGCUUACUCGAAUAGAUAAAAUUGGCACGAAAUUGCAAGGAAACAUUUUAUAUAUAACACAUUAUUACUCUGUACUAUCAGACGGUGUAUUGUGCAUACCUUGGGACUUUAAAUAACGUUGAAUCAAGUUGAAAUGUUAAUUUUGUAGAGAAAUAUUUAUAAAAAUAGAAAAAUAAAUGGAAUAUAUGCAAUAAAUAAAUUGAU